AUGGAAGCUCUCGUAUGCAAGAAAUUGGGUGAUCCAACAGUACAAGGAGGAGAUCCCAAUAGCCCAAUUGUGCUGGAAAAGAAGUUUCCUAUCCCAGAAUUGGACUCGUCAACAGCGGUGAGGGUCAAAAUCAAAGCCACCAGCUUGAACUAUGCCAAUUAUCUCCAGAUAUUGGGUAAGUACCAGGAAAAGCCUCCGCUUCCCUUCAUUCCAGGCUCUGAUUACUCCGGAGUUGUCGACGCCGUCGGACAUGGCGUUUCCAAGUUCAAAGUGGGUGACCCAGUCUGUAGUUUCGCCAAUCUGGGUACCUUCUCCCAGUUCAUCGUUGUUGAUCAGAACCAUCUGAUUGGGGUGCCGGAGGGAUGUGAUCUAAUUGAAGCUGGAGCUUUGCCUGUUGCGUUUGGGACCUCCCAUGUUGCACUUGUUCACAGGGCAAAUUUGACCACUGGCCAGGUGUUGCUGGUUCUUGGCGCAGCUGGGGGUGUUGGUCUGGCAGCUGUACAGAUUGGAAAGGUUUGUGGCGCCAUUGUUAUAGCUGUGGCUAGGGGAGCUGAAAAGGUGGAGUAUUUGAAAGCAUUGAGUGUUGAUCAUGUUGUGGACUCUGGUAAGGAGAAUGUUAUUCAGAGUGUCAAGGAAUUCCUUAAGGCUAGAAAGCUCAAAGGGGUUGAUGUUUUGUAUGAUCCUGUUGGAGGCAAGCUUACCAAAGAGAGUUUAAAAUUGUUAAACUGGGGAGCAAACAUUUUGAUCAUAGGCUUUGCCAGUGGAGAAGUCCCCCUCAUCCCUGCAAAUAUCGCUCUUGUUAAGAACUGGACAGUGCAUGGACUUUACUGGGGUAGUUACAGAAUACAUCGACCAGGUGUUCUCGAAGAUUCCAUUAGGGAGCUACUAUCCUGGGUGGUGAAAGGCUUGAUCAAAAUCCACAUUUCCCAUGCUUACAGUUUAUCAGAGGCUAGCCUUGCCUUUUCUGCUAUCAGAGACAGGAAAGUAAUUGGAAAGGUGAUGAUGGUUAUGGAUGAUGGAAGAACAAUAACAUCUAAGCUUUGAAGCUGAUCACAACUAAAGUUGGAAAGGGGUGUGCACAUACAUUAUACCACAUAAAGACACUUAAGUUUUUUCGUGUUUGCAGUAAGUUUAUAGCAAAGAGGAAAACUUAAAAAUAGUUGCCAAGAUAGUUGUGUCUUGUGUGCAAUGUCUGUAACUCAAGUGUUUUUGACAAAUAAAUGGUUAUGUCCCCACUCUAUGUGCACAUUUCAAAGCUAAUAAAGUCUGAAAGCAUUUACAAUA